AUGUCCAACAUCCAAGUGGUUGUACGGUGUAGGGGACGAAAUGCACGAGAAUUGAACGCCAAAUCCCAAGUUAUAGUGGAGUUACCGUCAGAUACUUAUUCAAUUGCUCAUCCCACCAUCACUAUAAAUCAAAACACCUCCAGUCAAUUGAGUCAAAAGAUUAUCAAUUCUAUUGAUUCUAAAACUUAUAAUUUCGAUCAGAUUUAUGGUCCAUUGGCUGAUCAAGGGUUGAUAUUCGAAAAAGUAGUAACUCCCUUAUUCAAAGAUUUCUUAAAUGGAUUUAAUGUCACCAUUUUGGCCUAUGGACAAACAGGAACUGGUAAAACAUAUACCAUGUAUGGAAAAGAAGAUGACGAAAUCAAUGAUUCUGGAUUUAUACAUAAGAAUAGUGGGAUAAUACCGAGAAUAAUUAGUGAUUUGUUCGAGAAAAUCAACGAUAACGAAGAUUUCAUGAUCAAAUGCUCCUUUAUUGAAUUAUAUAAUGAAAACCUUAAGGAUUUGUUAGAUGAUGAUGAAAAGAGUUUAAAGAUAUUCGAGAAUAAAAAUAAUUCUUCACAAUCUAUCACCAUAUCGAAUUUGAAAGAAGUUUGUAUCAACGAUUUAACUUCAGGAUUCAAUGUUUUGAAGUCAGGUUUGAAUAAAAGGAAAGUUGCAUCAACAAAACUUAAUAAUUUUUCUUCAAGAUCACAUACGAUAUUCACAAUUCAUUUAUUUAAGAAAACAAAGGAUCAUGAAUUCUUCCGAUACUCAAAGAUAAAUUUGGUAGAUUUGGCAGGACUGGAAAAUAUUAAUAAGUCAGGAUCAAUAAAUCAAAGAGCCAAAGAAGCGGGUUCAAUUAAUCAAAGUUUAUUGACCCUAGGAAGAGUUAUCAAUUCAUUGAGUAAUAAAAUAUCCACUAAUCAUAUACCUUAUAGAGAGAGUAAGUUAACAAGAUUCCUACAAGAUUCAUUAGGUGGGAAGACCAAAACCUUAUUGAUUUCAACGAUAUCUCCAGCAAAAAUUAAUUGUGAAGAAACUUUAUCAACCUUAGAAUAUUCUUUGAAAGUCAGAAAUAUCGAAAAUAAACCUCAAUUAGGUAAAGAUUUCUCUGUGAUUAUGAAACAAACGUUAAUCAAAGAUUUAUCUAAUGAGAUUAUUAAGUUAAAUAAUGAUUUGAUCUCUACCAGAAAUAAAAAUGGUAUUUAUAUGAAUGAAAAUAACUACAACAAGUUAGUAGAGGAGAAUAAUUCCAAUAGAAACGAAAUAUUAGAAUUGAAACUGAAAGUUAAACUGUUUGAAAGCAAAAUCAACAUACUUGAAGAUGAAAAUAAUCAAUUGAAGACCAAAGAAAUAGCCACUAAUGACCAACUCCAUGAUUUAAAUGAUAAGAAUUUGAUUCUACAGAAGAAAAUCAAUCAACAAAAGGAUGAUGCUUUGAAUUCACUCAAUCUAAUCGAAAAAUUAUUAGAUGAUAACUCUACUAACAUGUCAAAUAAUAGUAAACUACAUGAAUUGAACAGAUCAUUGAAAGAUAAUUUAAUGAUGUUGAAGUUAAACUUUAAUAAUAAUCAUGGUAAGAUUAGUGAAGAGAUAAAUAAUAGUUUGAAAGACUUACCUAAUUAUUUAAUUGAAUUGAUAAAUGAUUUGAAUAAUAAUGAUGAAACGUUUAAACAAUUCUCCGAUCAACAAACAAAGAAUCUCGAAAGGAUUGCUGGUAUAAAUAAAAAUUUGAAUGAAUUUUUGAUCAAUUAUUCAAUUGACUAUAAUUCAUUAAUAUCUAAAUUCAUCGACCAAUCAGUGAAUAAGAAACUACAAGAUUUCAAACAAGAAUUUCUCGGGAAGUUCCAAAACCUUUUGAAUAAUGAAUUUGGUAUGAUGGGUAAAUUAAUAGAGAAUGAAAUGAUUGAUUAUUCAUCAAAAUUCAUGCAAGAGAAUAAAUCCACUAUAAUUGCUAAAACAAAUAAUUGGAAUUCAAAUAGUCAUCAUUUGAUUGACAAAGUGUUCAAUAAUUUCCAAGAAUUCAAAGAAAACUUUAAUGUUCUUACUGAAAAUAAUCAACUUUCAAUCACCAAAACUUCUACUGAUUUGAAGAAUUCCAUCAAUAAUACAAUUGUUGAGAAUUUAACUAAUUUAUCAAAGGAUUUUUCCAAAGACAUGGAAAAUUUGAGUGAGAUUGUGCCAUUAUUCAACGAUAUUAAUCAGAUUAAUUCUAAAUUGGCAGAGAAUGAAGGUAUAGACUUAAGAAGUUUGAAAAGGAAAUUCCCAAAAGAUAAGAGUCCUUCCAAAAAGGGAAGUUAUGAAGAUAAGGAGAACUUGUCUGAUAAAAGACAACGAAUCGAGUAG